AUGGCCACAUCAACUGGGACCUUUGCGCUCGCCACCGAAGCACCAUACACGGGACCAGAUGGGCCCGGCGGUGUCUCCAGUGACGGAGGCAAUGCCGCCGGUGCAUCGGGAUCAAGCCCCGGUGCGGUUGAGAUUUCGCGGGGCGCCAUGGCUGCUAUCAUCGUGGUGGUAUGUGUGGUUGGGAUCAUCGGCAUCUCAACAUCGAUUCUCUUCUAUGUUGCCAAGAAGAGAGAGUGGAAGGUCCGAGAGACCCUGCGCAGGUCUGCACGGAAGGUCGUCACCGCACUUACGCCACGUCGCUCCGAGUUCCCACGCUCAGUCAAGGAGUCUGGGUCAGGCAAAUCCCGUCGACAUGUGCGGCUUGAUGAUGUGCCACCGACUCCACGACUGAAGCCUGAAGACCUGGAGAAAGGUCUGCAACAAGCAGACAAGAAGCGCGGUAGAUUCGCACGGAAGUGA